AGCUUAGAGUGUCCUGCGCGAGAAUCACGAGCAGCAGCGCACAGGCUUGAGCGCGAUAACAUCCAUUUCUCGGUGGUACGGCUGAGAAGGGCGUCGCAGCUCGCUCUUUCUUUUCUUUUGCGUUGGUCCGUUUGCGCUGGUCAAGCGUCUCGCGCGCGCGGCGUGCACCAUUUCUCAGAUUUCUACGUAUGAUCACAGCAACAGUUUCUUCUACCAUCACAGACUCUUUCAUUGUUUUCUUCUGUUGUGGCGCAGCUGCCUGUACAUCUGCUGUACGAGUGAACCUGCCCCGAGAGCAACGCGUCUCAGCGCUUCUCAGACUCAACUCGCCUCAGUUUGCUUCCUACACCUCUCGCUGAAUUGUCUCUGCAAGCGCAACUUGGCAGCACUACACGAUACACUAAUAAGAUGCGUGCACUGCGGCGUUUUUGUGUUGGCUCCGCGAUAAGAGCAUCCACCGCGCCCGUGCGCUGCAUCGCGGAGGAGUCUCGUGACCGAGUGUCACGAAGCGCCGUGAUAGCGAGAUGGGCCGGCAGCUCCGCAGCUGAUGCAGGCAACUCCUCUGAACCGCAAGGAAUCUUAGGAAAAGGCAUGACCUUCGCUUCAGGGCUUCUGCGCGAUGCAUCGCCCUCAACAAGGAAAGCCUCGUCCAACGCAGCUGCCGACACCACCGUCGGUGACGUCCCGUGGGACUUGUGUGAGCGGAUGGACUUCUACGUGCAGUACAACGUGCCCUCCAGCUGGCACGUGACGGAGCUGCUGCGCGACAAUAGCAUCGCCAUUCAGUGUAGCCCACCCCCGCCUUCUAGCAGCACCGCCGGUGACUCCGCCGUGCACGGUAUCUCCCUCAACUGUUUUGCCUAUAAACAGCGCGUAAAGCAGCCGGACAGCAGCAAGCUUCUCCACGUCUUUCUGAAGCGGUUUAAUGCGUCGGUGAACAACUCGCUCGAGCUCGUCGCAGAAGGGGAGCCUCCCGCCGCAGCCACGGCGAUUAAACUUCCGUGCAGGGAAGCCAGCGAUGCGGCUGCGGAAGGUGCCGUGCCGGCGCCAGAAGAUCCUGACGGGACGUGUCAGACACUCGCGAAGCAGCUCAACAGCGCCGUGGCAGAAAUCUCCUUCACACCAGCACCGGGGCAAUCUCUCGCGCACGGACUGUGCAGGGCGUUUUAUAAUUCCAACGGUCGUUUUCACUACGUCAUCGUUGCGGCCGUUCCGGAGGAGGAGUACGGUGCCUCGUUGGAUCUGAUUGUGCAUGCGUUAGCGUCUGUCGUGGAGAGCCGCGUGGAGGCCGCCGCAAAGCGGACGUGA